AUGUACUUAAAUCUCAAUCUUAGUGUUGAUGAUGUGAGGGGUCAAGGUUAUGAUAUUGGUUCUAACUCGAAAGGAAAACACCAAGGGGUACAAAAUCGAUUACUUGAAGUUAAUCCAAAAGCGUUAUAUAUGCCAUGUGCUUGUCAUAGCCUUAAUCUUACUCUUAGUGAUAUGGCUCAUUCUUGUGUUAAAGCUGUUUCAUUUUUUGGAAUUGUUCAACGCAUAUACACAUUAUUUGCUAGUUCUACAAAAAGGUGUAAGGUGUUACUUGAUAAUGUGUCAAACUUAACUAUAAAAUCUUUGUGCAACACAGGUGACUUUGCCAAACAAAUCAAUGACGCAGUCGAAAUUCUUGAGUUUGUCAAAGUUGUAGAUUGUUACCCUAAUGUAUCGGUUGCUUAUCGAAUUAUGUUGACAGUACAUGUGACUGUAGCAUCUGCAGAAAGGAGUUUUUCAAAAUUGAAGUUAUUGAAGACGUACUUGAGGUUAUCAAUGUCACAAGAAAGGUUGAAUGGAUUGGCAAUAUUGUGCAUUGAAAAAGACAUGCUUGAUAAUAUUGAUUUAGAUGUUAUUAUUGAUGAUUUUGCAUCCAAAAAUGCUCGAAGAAGUUGUUUUGUAUGA